AUGCUUCACCAGAUCCUCAGUCAGGCCAAGAAACACCCAAGCUUGAUACCUCUCUUUGUGUUUACUGGAGCUGGAGGUACGGGAGCAGCACUGUAUGUCAUGCGUCUGGCAUUGUUUAAUCCAUAUGUUAGUUGGGACAGAAAGAAUAACCCAGAACCAUGGAAAAAACUGGGCCCCAAUGAGCAAUACAAAUUCUACUCAGUGAAUGUGGAUUACAGCAAAUUGAAGAAGAAGGCCCCGACUUCUAAAUGA